AUUAGUCUCAAUUGAUGUGCCUGCAGCAAACGGCUUACAGCAGUGCGCGGUACGCUGUGUGGCCACCAACGAACGUUGGGUCAAAGAGCCACUUUGUCCCGUUGGAAGCCCCAGCGCCGUUGCGCAUAUUUCGUGUCGACGGGCCCGACGGGUCACGAAAUGGUACACGGGUGCUAAUUUUCCACAACGAACGCGAUGUGUAAACGGGCCGUACGAUGAAGGUGCUCCGCAGAAAACCGCUCGGGUUUCUACUCAUCGUCGCGUCGGGUGUCCUGUUCUUCUACUGGAACAACGUGUAUCUCUACCAUAUGCCGAAGGUGCGCCGCAAGGUGGACCAGGAUCCUGCCGAGACGAAUCUCACCGUUAGCCUCGCGGUGGUGUACGCGCUGUGGGGUGGUGGAGCCCACGCCGACACGGUCCAGUCCGGGGGCGUGCCGGAGCCGGAGGUCCCGUUCGAGCUGCACCACUUCAACCGGACGGCCAGCGAUCGGUUGCGUAUCGAUCGCUCCGUUCCAGACACGCGCCAUCCGAACUGCCUGGCGCGAACCUACCUCACGACCCCUGGCGGUACCACAUCUGUGAUAAUUACGUUCCACAACGAAGCCACCUCGGCACUUCUGCGCACGAUCGCCAGCAUCUUCCAGCGCACGCCGCACGAUCUGUUGCGCGAAAUCAUCCUAGUCGACGACUGCAGCGUCGACCUGCACAGGCCGGGCCGGCGGACGAGUGCGGACCACGACGGCUCCCAAAGUAAUGCGGGCAACAGUUACGAGCUGCUCACCCAAAUUCCGCUAGUGCGGUAUUAUAGGAAUUCGGUGCGCCAAGGUUUAAUACGUUCCAGAAACAUAGGCGCCACGUACGCUAGUGGCAGCUAUCUCUUCUUUCUGGACAGCCACUGCGAGGUGAACCGGGGCUGGCUAGAGCCGCUGCUCGACCGGCUCUCGAUCGAUCCGACGGCCCUCGUCAGUCCGGUGAUCGACAUUAUCGAUGCGGAAUCGUUCGAGUACCGGGCGAACAGUGCGAGGCUGCGGGGCGGCUUCGACUGGAGCCUACACUUCCGCUGGUUGCCCGUCGCCGAGGAGGAGCUCGAGCAUCGGGGCCACGACGAGUCGCUUCCGUUCUACAGUCCAGCCAUCUCGGGCGGCAUCUUUAUUGUGGCGAAGAGCCUUUUCGAGCAGCUGGGCGGAUUCGACGCGGGUAUGGACAUUUGGGGUGGCGAGUCGCUCGAGAUGUCACUGAAGGCGUGGAUGUGUGGGGCGCACGUCGAGGUGGUGCCCUGUUCCCGGGUGGGGCACGUCUUCCGGCGAAAGCAUCCGUUCACGUUUCCUCCCGAUGGAAGUCAUUUAACUUAUCUACGCAACACCAAGCGCGUGGCUUUGGUGUGGAUGGACGAGUUCAAAAAUUUCUUCUACGAUGCACGCCCACAAGCGAUUCCCAUCGACGCCGGUUCGGUACGGGAGCAGCAGGACCUGCGCCGUCGGCUAAACUGUCGCAAGUUCAGCUGGUAUCUGCAGAACGUCUUCCUAGAUCUGAAGCUACCGAACGAGAAUAACGUCGCAUUCGGCCAGCUGCGACACGGUGACCGGUGUCUCGCGGUCAAACCAAACGCUGGCAAAGCGAACGCAGCACGCUCGCGCAAGCGUGCCACAGAGAACGACGUCACGCUGAUGGAGUGCCCAUCCUCCGAAGCCGCCAGUGGACCUGAUGGAGCGAUGAACUGGGCGCUACACAAAUCCACCGGCCAGCUAACCACGGACCGUGGCAACGUUUGUUUAACGGUGCGGGCCGGAUUUGUUCACGCAGAACGGUGCCACAAACGGAAUGGCAGUUCUAGUGCGAAACACCGAUCCCAUGACGAGGAUGACGUGCAGGAAUGGCACCGGCACGGCGGAACGCUGGUUCACACCGUGUCCGGCAUGUGCUUGGAGAACCUGGUGAAGACGGACGUCGGUGCGUCCGAGUGUCGGCGCGGUGCUCCAUCGCAGUUGUGGAGUUUUUCCGUCGAGUUGCAGCAGUUGGCGCGAUAA